AUGAUUAUUUUACACUCUGUCGAUAUAUUAGUCACAUCUCGCUCUGAUUUGUAUGUAAAGCGGUUGAUCGGUAGGAAAUCUGGUGAUCCGGCGGUACAGUCAGAUAUGAAGCAUUGGCCCUUUAAAGUCAUCAGUGCUAAUGGUGGCAAGCCAAAAGUUCAAGUAGAAUACAAAGGUGAAACGAAAAUAUUUACAGCAGAAGAAAUUUCUUCCAUGGUUUUGGGAAAAAUGAAAGAGACAGCUGAACGAUUCCUUGGACAUUCUGUAAAGACAAAUGCAACGAAGUAA